GAUAAAAGAGAAAUUUGAUCUCACCAUUGACUUUACCCUAUCAUACCAAGAUCCUGACUUCAAUGGGCAGCUAUGUUCCCUUUUAGACAUUGAGGAACUUCCACAGAAGGCUGUCCUUAUAGUGGUGCGAUCUGAGAAUGAUGCUAGUUCUGUAGCAUCUGAUGACACAGUAAUAUUGCCACAUGCAAGGAUUCCAGAGAGGACUGAAAUGUGGCCUUGCAUUUUUCAAGUGCCCACUUUUUCUUUUGAAGUAGAACUUGUACUUGCUGAGGGAAAUGCUGCAUACGAGACAACAGGAAAGACUUUGAAGUUAAAUAGAGGACAAAAGCACAACAUUCUUGAGACCCUAGCAGAACAAAUGCAUGGCUAUAAAGCAUACCCUAAUGUUAAGGAAAUUUCUAUGGUAGCAGAAGCCCUUGUCAACAAGCAUCCCUGUCUAAAAGAGCCAGGCUCUUGUGCAGGUUGGUAUGGAUGGAAGAACAGCCUAACAUUUAAGAUGGGCAACUACCGCACAAAAUUAAGUUGUGCUGGAUCUCAGGAAGUUGCUGUAAAUUCUGGAAAGAGGAGUAAAAACUACCCCCAAAAAGAUGCCCCUCACACGAACAUCAAAAGACCAAAAAGGGCAGAGAUUAAUUUCCUUCCAAAUUUCCCAAGAGGUGAAGAUGCUUCAAGCCUCGAACAACAAAGACAAAGAAUUAUAGAUGAAGUUCAGAUGGCUGACAAAAAUCUUGUCCUGAUCACAAAGUUAAUGGACAGCACUUUUGCUUUGCGGCGCAAAGAGAUCGUCUGUAAUGAGAUACCAGUUGAUGAAAUCCUGAAACGAUGGCCUGCCCUUAAAUUAGAGUCGCAGAUCUGUGCUGAGUUUCACAGAGUGACGAAUGUCAACCUAAAGAAUCGUUUCUUUGUUCAACUGGACCAACAUACCCCCCGGCUUCAGAGCCUGUUUCGGAAAAAAGCUUCUCGGACAGGAAAAGCUUCUGAACUCCUGGAUGAGCUCUUCAGGAUUUAUGACCUCCAGGAUCAAGUUGAUGUCCAUGUUAGACGUGCUGUGGUACUCCGGGCUCUCCCUCUGUAUAUGCAUGAGAGUGAUGUUAGCUUUUUCAAGAUGUGGGACGUGGAGCAGACUGAAGAACUGAACACCAAUGAUGUACCACUUGGGCUCCUCCUAAGCAAUCAGACAUCAUCAGAUGCCCAUUUUGUCUGCCCAGAGAGGAUUGCAGUUCUGAUUGAGGGUAACAUUGUUAUUGAGUCCUCCACACUGGCUGAUGCAUUCGUCAUUCUAUUUGCACUUACAUACACCCUGCACCUUAACUAUCCAAAACAAUUGCUCAACACAUUUGACUUCGUCCAAAAGGUCUUGAUGGGUCUUGAGGAUGGAAAGUUGAGGCCUAGAGUUUUGAGUCUGAAAAAUGACCUGUUAGCAGUAGUGUAAGCACAUUUGUUUUUCUUGCUGUAAAACAUCUAACAGAUGGGUUUUAUAGAUAUUGUUGCUGAAGUUUUAAUGCCAUAAAGUUGAAUGAAGUCCUGUUUUGUAAAUUUUUGUACUUGUGUAAUAUGUUUGUGUAUCUAAUACAUAUAUUUGUAUUGACAAAUAUUCUAAAUGUGUCCUAUGGUGUGACAACAAACAAUGUGGGGAAAAACAUUAUUUAAAAUAGUUUAAUCUCUUUAAUGGUAUUUGUAACUUUCUCAUGCUAUUUGUUUAAUUGUUAUUUUUUAUAUCUUUGCAAUGUCACACCAUAGGACAUAUUUACAAAUAUAAUACACUCAGGUAAUUUUGAAAUUGUGGAAUGGUGUGGUGGCAAUAGGAAUUUGCACAUAGGGUUAACUGCAAGUUAAAUGAUGGCUUCCUUGCAGCAGGCAAUUGCACACUGCCAUGCUGUUUUGUAUAUUAAACCUCUUACAGAAUUGUUUUAUAUUAUAGUAGUUUUAAUGUUAAAUGCUUGUUGAAGGACUGAAUGUUCGCAUAGGAUACUUGCACAUUGGUGUGACUGAGAGAUUCUGUAUCUGUUUACAUUGCAGUGCACAAACUUCAGCUUUAUUUUGUGUACGUAACAAAACACUAAAGAUAAGCUUUAUUAUACUUAUAAUAUUUGUAAUACGUGUUACACUUCAUUCAUCUUUAUUUUAUAAUUUCAAUUUGUUACAGUUAAAUGUUUUAAAUAAUUGUUUUAGAAAACGUAUAGUGAUCCGGAUGUUGAGUAAUGUCGAGGCAAUUUGGAAAGUUUACACAUGGCACAUUCAUGUGUCUUGAGCAUUUUGUAUUUGUUUACAUUGCAAUAAUAUGAGAUAUUUCAAGAACGUCAUAUUUGGUUAAUAAACAAGUUACUUGCACCAAAGUGUCUCUGUGGUUAUUUUGCCUUAUUCAAAAUUUAUAGUUUUAAAUUAUAGGAGGAUUAUAAUUCUAGGACUGUGUAAGAGUCCCCAAUUAAUGUAAAAA